GAGCUAGCGAUUGCGCGAUGCCGCGAUGCGCGCUUCUAUAUCGUUUACAAUUCGUGGUCGUGACUCGCACUUCAACGCGUCCCGACCGUCCGUGAUUGACAUUUCGCUCUGCAAGGUGUCAGAUAUUUUUACAGAAACAUGAGUAUCCUCGCGUACAACGGUGGCGCCGUGAUAGCCAUGAAGGGCAAGAAUUGCGUGGCCAUAGCGGCCGAUCGCAGAUUCGGCAUACAGGCGCAGACGAUAAUGUGCGACUUCCAGAAAAUCUACGAGAUGGGACCGCAUUUAUACGUCAGUCUACCCGGUCUCGCCACCGACACGCAGACCGUCAUGGAGAGGCUGCGCUUCCGCCUGAACCUGUAUGAGCUCAAGGAAAACCGCAAGAUCCACCCCAAAACGUUCACCGCCAUGAUCUCGAAUCUCCUCUAUGAGAAGAGAUUUGGGCCAUACUUUGUCGAGCCCAUAGUUGCCGGACUCGAUCCGGUCACGUUUGAACCGUUCAUCUGUAACAUGGACCUGAUAGGUUCCAGAAACAUGGCUGAGGACUUUGUAGUGGGUGGAACGUGUACGGAGCAACUUUAUGGCAUGUGUGAGUCGCUUUACGAGCCAAAUUUGGAGCCUACAGAGUUGUUCGAGACUGUCAGCCAAGCUUUAGUUAAUGCAUUUGAUCGGGACGCGAUAUCUGGAUGGGGAGCUGUUGUCUAUAUUAUAGAAAAGGAUAAGGUCACAAAAAGGACUAUUAAAACGCGAAUGGACUAAACAUAUUUACCUUUUAUAUCAAUAUGUGCGGUCAAAGUUUCAUAAUUAUUGUUGUAACUAAGUCUAAGAAAUGUAAACAAAAACGUAUAAAUAACUUUUAAUUAAUUAAACCCCUGAUUUUUGAGGAUA